AUGAAGAUCCAAUGUGAUGUGUGUAGCAAUGAUGAGGCAUCGGUGUUCUGCGUGGCUGAUGACGCCGCCCUCUGCGCCGCCUGUGACCAUCGUGUCCACCAUGCCAACAAACUUGCCGAAAAACACCAACGUUUCUGCCUACUCCACCCUUCACCUAAACAAGCCCCCAUUUGUGAUAUCUGUCAGGAGAGGAGGGCCUUCUUGUUUUGUCAACAAGAUAGGGCAAUUCUAUGCAGAGUGUGUGAUAUAUCAAUACACAAAGCAAAUGAGAAAAUUCAGAAGCACAACAGAUUGCUUCUCACUGGAGUCAAGCUUUCUGCAACCUCUGCCCUUUAUUCAUCAUCAGAUUCUACCUUAACAAAUGUUUCUGAAACUGUUCCACUUAUCAAAGGUGAAAAAACCUUAACAGAUAAGCCUGUCCCUGUCAAGCCAACAAAUACAAUAUCAAACACCACCUUAGAACCGGUCAAGGCGGUAAUCGCUGAUAGAGGUGGAGGUAGUGUUCAAUUGAUGAAUGGAGGUGGGAAUAAUGGUUCAAGUUCAACAAGUAGCAUAUCAGAAUAUCUCAUGGAAAUUCUACCUGGAUGGCAUGUUGAUGAUUUUCUUGAUUCUCCUUGUGGUUUCUUCAAGAGUGGAGACAGUGAUGUUCAACCUUUGUGGGAUGCUAAUCUUGCUAAUAAUCUGAACUCUAUUUCCCAAGAAAAUAUGGGGGUUUGGGUCCCCCAAUCCCCUCCUUUAUAUCCUUCUUUAGAGAUGGUCUAUGCCACCCCGAAUGGAUUCAAGGAUUCCAAGGAAAUGUCCAGCAUCAAAUCUAGCAAAAAAUGGAGUGAUGACAAUAUGUAUGCUGUUCCACAGAUUAGCCCACCUUCAACUGCCUUCAAGAGAUCCAGGACUUCAUGGGUAGUGGCACGAAAAUCUCUCCUUUUUAGCCGCUUUGUGCAUGUUUAG